AUUCUUCACCGUGGAGCAGUUCUUUCAAUAAUUUGACCAUAUUCAGGUUGUAAGGAGAAUAAGUGAGUCUUGUGUACUUGAAGAAUGAAGGACUGACUCAGGAGAAAGAAGAAGAACAGUCGUCAGGAUGUGAGGAGACAGAAAGACUUUAACCACAUUCACACCGACUGUUUAAACUGAUGAAGCUCUUCUGUUCUUAUUCGGUCUUUGUUCAGGAGAUGAUCAUCACUUAAUGAAGGCUGACCUGCUGAUCUCACUCAGAAUGUCUCUGACUGUUUCUCUGCUGGUUCUGAUCUUCAUCUCUGAAAUUGUUGCUCAGGAUGGGUGGGCUGUGCGUUACUUCUCUAAAUAUAUAUGUGCUCCAAAGGGGUCUGAAGUGACCAUGCGCUGCAUUUAUAGAUAUCCAAAAGGUCACUCAGUCCCAAAAGCUUUCUGGACCAAAGAGUGGGGUCAAGGUUCAGAGCCUCCUGAUCUGUCAGAUAAUCCAGAGUACAGAGGCAGAGUUCAGUACCUCGGAGAUGAACACAAUGACUGCACUCUCAGACUGAGUGAUGUGAGAGAAAAGGAUCAAAGUAAAUAUUACUUCAGAUUUAUAACAGACAAACCUGGUGGAAAGAAUCAAGGUAGAGGUGGAGUUGAUCUUUCAGUCACAGAUCUCCAGGUGGAGGUUCCUGAGAGAGUGAUAGAGGGAGAUAAAGUCACUCUCACAUGUAAAACCACCUGCAGACUGACAGUCAGACCAACAUUGACCUGGCACAGAAAUGGACAUCGUUUAUCCUCCAGGACUGACCAGUUCCACCUGCAGCCGGUCAGCAGCGAGGAUGUAGGCAGGUAUCACUGUGGUGUACUGGGUCAGAACCUUCUCUCUCCUGAGGUCACUCUUAAUGUGAGAUAUGGUCCAAAGAACAUCUCAGUGUCCAUCAGCCCCUCUGGUGAAAUAGUGGAGGGCAGUUCAGUGAAUCUGACCUGCAGCAGUGAUGCAAACCCACCUGUGCAGAACUACACCUGGUUUAAAGGAACAUCAUUAGUAGCAGAAGGAGAGACUUACACAAUGAAGAAGAUCAGCUCUGUGGACAGUGGAGAAUACAAGUGCAGAUCCAGUAAUGAACAUGGAGUUAAAUACUCUACAGCUCUAAGUCUCGAUGUUUUGUAUCCUCCAAAGAUUGCCUCAUUGUCCAUCAGUCCCUCUCGUGAAAUAGUGGAGGGCAGUUCAGUGACUCUGACCUGCAGCAGUGAUGCAAACCCACCUGUGCAGAACUACACCUGGUUUAAAGAAGGUGGCAGCUCACCUGUAGGAUCUGGACACAGUUACAGGGCUCUACAGAGAGGAUCCUACUACUGUGAAGCUCAGAAUGAACAGGGAUCUCAGAAAUCAGCUGCAGUGACUGUCAGUGUAAAAGAAGAACAAGCCAUGACUCUGUAUGUGGUGGUUGGAGUUGGACUCUGUGGGGCUGCAGUGUUUAUUACCAUUAUUUUACUGAUAUGGAGAAAGAAGAAGGGAACGAUGGAGGAAGAUGGCCACCAGAACGUUGACCCUAAUGCUAAGGACGACACGUACACAGCUCUUGACCCCAUGUCCAGGUCCUCUGAUGAUGUGUACAACACACUUGCAACUGUUCAUUGCAGUCCUUCUGAUGAUCUGUACUCAGCUCUGGAUCCUCAGUCUCGCUCUCCUGAGUACGACACUCUAGCAGCUGACCUGCUGAUCUCACUCAGAAUGUCUCUGACUGUUUCUCUGCUGGUUCUGAUCUUCAUCUCUGAUCUCCAGGUGGAGGUUCCUGAGAGAGUGAUAGAGGGAGAUAACGUCACUCUCACAUGUAAAACCACCUGCAGUCUGACAGUCACACCAACAUUCACCUGGUACAGAAAUGGACGUUCUUUAUCCUCCAGUACUGACCAGCUCCACCUGCAGCCGGUCAGCAGGGAGGAUGCAGACAGGUAUCGCUGUGGUGUACUGGGUCUGACCUCUCCUGAGGUCAUUCUUAAUGUCAGAUAUGGCCCAAAGAGCGUCUCAGUGUCCAUCAGCCCCUCUGGUGAAAUAGUGGAGGGCAGUUCAGUGAAUCUGACCUGCAGCAGUGAUGCAAACCCACCUGUGCAGAACUACAACUGGUUUAAAGGAACAUCAUUAGUAGGAAAAGGAGAGACUUACACAAUGAAGAAGAUCAGCUCUGUGGACAGUGGAGAAUACAAGUGCAAAUCCAGUAAUGAACAUGGAGUUAAAUACUCUACAGCUCUAAGUCUCGAUGUUUUGUAUCCUCCAAGGAACGUCUCAGUGUCCAACAGUCCCUCUGGUGAAACAGCAGAGGGCACUUCAGUGAAUCUGACCUGCAGCAGUGAUGCAAACCCACCUGUGCAGAACUACACCUGGUUUAAAGAAGGUGGAAGCUCACCUGUAGGAUCUGGACACAGUUACAGGGCUCUACAGAGAGGAUCCUACUACUGUGAGGCUCAGAAUGAACACGGAUCUCAGAAAUCAGCUGCAGUGACUGUCACUGUAAAAGGUGUUAUUGAUGGUGGAAGAAUCUUAAUUAACCCCCAAAAAAUCAUUUAUAAUACUUUAUAACAUGAUACAUGCCUGGAUAUUUGUGUACUUUAAAACGGACUUCAGUAUUUGUUCCCAAACAGCAGUUAGUAGUGUUGUUCUGUUGGUGGAAGAAAAUCAAUGAACCCCAAAACCACUUUUUUCUUAAAAUCUCUGUAAUUUUCAACCGGUGUCAACAUUUCUCUGCACACAGGGGUUAAGACUUCAGUUGUUGUGACUGCUAUUAUUGGGGUUGUUGCUGGAUGUGGAUGUUUAUUUGUCAUCAUUGUUGUUUUGGUAUG